CAUCAGCAGACUGGUGUUCAAACAGGAGACAUGGGACUCUGGAGUCACGGGGGGAAACCUCUUGUCAGCGACACACCACAACAACACAAACCAGGGAAAGGAAGUCACGUCUAGUCGAGGACGAUGAGAGAAAAUGUCUUUCUUUGCUCCAGCUAACUUAACGGACCGGGAGUGAAGAAGUUUAAAUGAGGACUGAAUUUAUCCGCGCAUUUCUGACACCUAGGGCGAAGUGCCACACCUUCGUUUAGCGCAACAGCUCCAUUACACAGCUGGCCAAAUGGGGUGCCGAUGCUGCAGGAUGAUAAAAAGCUACAUCUAUGACCCCUCUGUAGCGGUGGAUGGGAGGAAGAGCGACUCUGCGGGCAGCUCUCUGUACCAUCCCCACCAAUUUUCAGGCGAGCCCCCCGGGAGCAACCCGCUCAACAGCCAUGACAAGCAAAAGCAGGGCUUCCACAACCUGGGCUACAGCAAGUCCAACGACGGCACGCUAAAACUAGAGGCAGACAACAACUAUGUCAACAGGCUGCACAGCACUGGUGCCGCCUCCGAGAGGGAGCUCCCUCGGCAGGGGAGCGGGAUGCACCCAGAGGGGGGUCUGUACAUCAUCCAGCCGGAAGCUCUGGGACCGAGAUGGGUGACGCAGGACAGAGGGCCGAGCCAGGUGCCUGUUUACCCCAACAUACAGGAGUAUGAGAGCGCAAGGAACGGGUGGGACCCCUCAAUCAGCGACGGGUGCGGGACAGGGAGUGAAAGCCUGUCAGUGGACGAGAUAGAUGAGGGUGUGGGAGGGACCCCGGAGUACCCCUGCGACACGGGGGAUGAAGGGAGCAUCCUGUCAGGGGACGUCCACACCAGCACCACCAGCGUGUCCUCAGCUGACACCAGGGAUGACCACAGAGCACGAAAGACUCCGGACCUUUCCACCUUGGAGAGUGGAAUUUCGGUGACAAAGAGUGAGGACGAGGAAGAAGGGAGGGACGAGGAGGAGGAGGAUGAGGAGGAGGAAGUGCAAAGCGUCACAGACUCAAUGGUAGCAGAAGCUCUCGCCGCGCUGGAAGCCGCCACGGCUGGGGAAGACUGUGAGUGACAGCCUCACUGCAUUUGAGCACGAACGCACUUCCUCUCUCUGAUCUCUCCACAUUGACUCGGAUUCGAAGACGGUGUGUCAGCAUCCAAAACCACAAUGCAACUUUGCCAUAGUGCUGAAUCAAAGCUCUAGUCUUUGUAUAUAAUCGAGGAACACGGAGUGAACGCAGAUAAAAUGAAGGAAAACUGUGUUUACAAAAACAUGCACAUUUAUUUUCAAACCAGAGUCAUGGAUAUGUCUUUUUUUUUAUUGUGGUCACAAAGACAAAAAAUGGAAAUGUCAGCCUUGUGAAGGAAAGGACAGCUUUUUUCAUGCAGCAAUGUUUGCAUAAACCCACAAAUGAAGAAACAUGAGCUUGUAGACUGUGAAUAUUGCCUGCAGCCAUAUAGAAAGUCCAGUUGAACCCAGUGUGUUAUACACUCCUUGGUCUGAAAAACAUCUGCACACACACUGCUUUGCCAUAUCAGUACUGCCUGUGCGCAGAUAUUAGUUAAUACACCACACGCUGUAUGAGUUUUAUUCUAAAAUAUUGUGUAUACCCAUUACAAUAUGACUUCAAAUUCAUCUGCUGACAGUGAAACAGGAUUCAGCCGCUUGUCAGUUUCCAGAGCUUAAAUAACUAAAAUCCCGUUUGUCCAAUCUUUGUGGCAUCAAUAUUUUUGACUUUUAUCACAUUGCAUAUCUCGUUUUAGAACAAAACUCCUCACAGGCUAAACACCAGUGCAUACUCUUCUAUGUAUGUGUGUAAUAUUUACAUAGAGAAUAUGCUGUAGCUUGCCAUAGCUUUUUGUCUCUUCAGGGAGCUCGUCCUUGUUUCACUGUGCGAGCGAAACAGGAAAGGUCAUCAAAUUCAUUUUUUUUGUUUGCUACCCAUGUUGGUGUCUGUUAUUGUCUGCUCUUGUUAUUUAUAUCUUCACUCACAUCAUUCUUAGUUUGGUAAUUACCAUAUGAAAAGUACCAAUGAGCAUUACUUAAGACUGGAGUAGCAAGAGCAUGAGGAGGCGGGCCUUAUUUAUAGAAUAUCCACUUAAGAGUCAUUAUUAAGUUCAUUAUGAUGGUGUCUCGUUUCAAAGAGUAUGAGUAAACAAUAAAUAUAUAUAUUAACAUCAGUCUACUUGGAAAAUUUGUUUACAUAUUUUUCAUAUAUCAUUAGAUAUGUAUGGUAUAUAAUUAGAAGCACAUUUCUGAUUUCAGUGCAAAAAUUAUGUAACAUCUUAUCCAUGUAUGCAAUUAAAUGGGUGAGAGCCUUUUAUAAAUAAGGCCCUUUGUCAUGUGGUAGCAUAUCGGAGGCCGUGGCAUAUCAGGGGUUUGUAGCACUGAGGUUAUCUAUGCAUAUUAGCAAUCCUAACCAGGAUACAAAGCACCAAAGCAUAAAGUUUAAAAAAGUUAAAAAAAAAAAAAAAAAAAAAAAAAAA